CACAUUUAUCGAACUCCCGCCAAAAAUCGGCAAGUGACCACAGUUGAUUCAGUUUAUUUAUAACGCCAAAUGGAAGCGGAGCUAAAACAACAAUUCGAUGAAAUGGGCGUGGAGCCCACGGCUCCAGUGCUCGACAAAUGCAUGGAACUAGCAAUAUCCUACAAUGUGAACGACGCCACCGAAUUCGUGGAGCAGUGGAUGGCUUUCAGUUUGUCGCAUCUGCAAGGCGAUGAACCCACAGUUGCCAAUCUUGGUGAAUUUGAGCGCAAAGUGCUGCAAACGAGGCGUGAAAAAGGUGGCUCCAAGAAGCCAACCAAGUCUACAACAACGAGUUCCUUGGAUACGAGCUCGUUGGCUAACUAUGGUUUGAUGGAGGAAGAUGAUCCAAUGCUGAAUGACUAUGUGGAUGAAAGUACAGCGUCCACACUGCCACACACACCCAAGGCAGCAAAGAAUCAGAGCCGCGCUUCGGCGCUCAAAGCUGGAGUGCUCUUUAGCCCCGCCAGCUACUCGCCAAAAGCCACAAAGGAAUCGCCAGCUGCAACAGGCGUUGUAGAAGGAAAACCUGGGGACAUAGUUGACUCCUUUGGUCAUCCCAAGCUGAUGGCCGCCUCCAGUUGGCAAUCGCAAGUGCAGCACACUGUGCCUGUUCUACAGCUGCUGCGGCACAAUGAUGCACCACUGACCAUGUCCAAUCUGCGCUAUAUGAACGAUCUGCUGCACGAGCGUUGUGACGAUUUGCACGAUCGCCUCGUCGACAUUGGCCAGGCACUUGUCGAGAAGAAACUGGGCGCCAAGGGCGCUGCCGAAUGCAGCUGGUAUCCACAGGAUCGUCAUACGCUGGACGCACUACACAUGCUGCAUGCCGUGGGCUUGAUUCAUUCCGAUGACGACGGACCAUUGGAUGCACAUUCGGCGCUUCUCGCCGUGCUGGAUACAGAGGAGAAGCUGCUGGCGCUCAACUUCUCGCAGCUCAAGUCGGGCAGCAUUUUUCCUGGACAAGUGGUGCUCGCCAAGGGUUUCAUACCACGCGGCGAUACCUUUGUGGUCGAGGAGCUGCACACGGAUCGCAAACUGACACCGCCACCACCUCUCAAAGUGGAACGCGAACUGCAGUUCGUGGUGGCCGCCGGUCCCUACACAAACAGCACGGAUAUGUGCUACGAACGGUUACACGAACUACUCAACUAUCUACGGGAACAUCGUCCCGAUGUGCUGCUCUUAACAGGUCCAUUUGUGGAGGCGGAACAUAAAGCUAUCAAUGAAUUGGCUGAAACCUUUGACGCCUUCUUUGAGAAGAUGAUCGCAGGCAUCAUGGAUGUGGUGGGCAGCAGCACAAGCGUGCUGUUAAUCAGUAGCCAAAAGGAUGCCAUGGCUGCAGCAGUAUAUCCCACGCCUGCUUACACACUCCGCAAAACGUAUCCCAAUCUGCAGCUUCUGGCAGAUCCUUCACUCAUCGAUCUAGAUGGCAUUACGCUGGGCGUCAGUUCCACCGAUGUGCUCGAUCAUCUGCUGAGCCACGAGUUUGCUGCCAAUGCGGGGGAACGCAUGCACCGGGCCAUCAAUCAUCUGUUCCAUCAGGGUUCGUUUUAUCCACUGUCCCCGCCAGGGGAUGAGAACAUGUCCUAUGACUCCCAGUUGGCGGCAAAGUUUGCCCAACUCAAGCAGCUGCCCAAUGUGCUGAUUCUUCCCAGCGAUCAGCGGCAUUUUAUACGCAUGGCCAGCGAUUGCCUGGUCAUCAAUCCGGGUCGAUUAGUGGAUAGCAAGGGGGGCACAUUUGCUCGCUUCCUGGUUACACCAACGGCACCAACAGCGACAAAGGCACCCAAUAUGUUCAGCAGUGUCGCCUGUCAGAUUCAGCGUAUUUAAGUAUUUAAAUAAAAAUAUAAAUUCCAAAUCCAAAUCGA